CACUUAACUACAGCACCCAGAAUGCAAUGGUACACAUCCGCCUACGUCUCACCAAGAGGAUAUUCGGAUGUGUGGAUACGGAGCCCCGCGAAGAUAACGCAAAAGUUCAAUGUGGAUGUGAUAAAUGAUUCCGGUUUGCAUAUCGAGAAACGGACGAAGAGAAUUAUGGGAAAUGGAACUUCCCCAUGGUUUUCAGAAGCGAUCAAAUAAUUGAAGGCUCAUAAAUGCUGCACUGGAGCUAGCUAUAACUAACACGAUCGUUUACGUACUACUUAUUUUUACUCAUAACGACAGGCGCGUUUGAAACGCUGUUUCAAUUAUAAAAUGUAUUCACCUACUACACGAAAUCGAGCAAGCUUUUACCCGACGCUAAGCGACAGAUGCUUGUUGCUAGCUAGCUAAUUUACAAAUUGAACGAUGUGGCGUGCAGCACGAUUCCAGUUUUCUAGUCUCUCAGCUUUAGCGUUAGCUAGCAUUUACCUAGUAGUUUCAAAGUAGCUCGCUCAACCCCACACUUGCUUGGACUGCAAAUGGCUUCACCAUGUUCAGCGCCUCCGACACCGGUUCCAUGCGAUGACCGUGCGCGCCCCCGAGCGGGUUCACGGCGGUCCACAAGCACGAGCGUGUACCUGAGCAGGAGGUCCGCUGGGAUGUUCUCCAAAGACGCCGGGAUGUUGUUCCGAAAAAAUUUGAAAGUGUUUCGUCAAAUUAUCCUUCAGGACUCAAGAGUAUUCAAGAAAGUCUGGACAAGGCAUUCAAAAUCCCCAAUAUCCUAUGAAAGUGGACGGAUUUACUUUGAAAAUUACAGGUGCUGCUUCAGCAGUAUUCCUUCAAGACCACAGCACCUCUAUCAAUUACCGAAAUCUUCCAAGUUAGAGAAGAUUGAAGAUGUGCUACUGUGUCAAAGUCCCCUUGAUAAAGUACUGCCAAGGACAUCAGACCAAGCACCGUCCCUCCUGGCGCUGACAGCACAUAACUGGUUAUAUCGUCUCUCGACAAAGACAGGAGAACAGUUACAAAAAGUGUGCCUUUCUUCUCGCUAUAAAUUCAGAUAUCUUGGUUGGGAUGUUCCUCAGGAAACAUUUUAUAUAAAAUCUGUUCAAAAUAAGCAGUCACCCACAGUAAGACAGGCAGGACUUGAUAACAAUGCCAUGAUAUACCUGGCUGUAUUCCAAGUCUUCCCCUUGGAAAUUGUGGCUGUUCUGGAGAUCAGUAAAAGAGUGUUUGGGAGCACAGUUCUGGACGUGACCUUGUCUCAAGGUGUUCUUGUAGUUUCCCACAGCAAUAAAACUGUAAAGCUGUACAGUUUUGAGAACAUUGUAGAUAAGUUCAUGACAAGGAGGCUAGUCCUUGGAGAGCAGUGUCAAUGGAGCGGCAUCAGUGGGACAGUGGGAGAAUCUCCUUUCGGGAUCCCAGUGAACAUCCACAUCAAUGAAUGUCCUCCAGUGCUGUAUGAGCUGCCAUGCUUGGACAACUAUAUGCAGAUUGGUGGUCAUCCCUGGCAUGUCAUCUUCACUCCAAACCACAAGAAACACAGAGGAACCUACCACAUAUGUUUGCUUAAAGAUGGUACACUGGCACAUAAUGGAAUCCAAGACAUGCAAUGCUGCUCUCUGGAAUCGGACUGGAUCUACUUUCAUCCUGAUGAGUCUGGAAGAAUCAUCCAUGUUGGUCCCAGCAAAAUAAAUGUGUUGAAAAUUGUGAAAUCACAGGAGUGCCUCUCAAAGUUUGCUGUUGUUUCAGACUUCUCCAUCACAGCUCAUCGGGACCACAUUAGCAGUGCUCAGAAUAGUGUCACAUCCUCAGGCCGAAUGGUCAGAAGAAGAUUUCAUCAGUUGGAUGAUGAUCCUGAGAAAGAGACAUUCAGAGUUGUGGAGUAUGAGGAUGAGCUGGAUCUGCUUGCUGUAGUGGAGGUCACUUUGAGAGAUGAGAAAGGAAGAGCUAACGUUGGUCUCCAUGACAACCAAAGUGGGGUGCUAAUGAAGACGGUUGAGUUGGUUGAAUCCUGGGAUGUGACUUACACUCAUGAGCUUUUCUUUGACCAAGAUACAAUAGUCCACAUUGCACAAGAGAAAAACAAUCUUUUCUCCUGCCAUGUCUACAAGAGUACCAACGAACGAAUGGACUGAAGGAAACAGAUGGAUCAACAAAUUACCUGCUUAUGUUUUGACGUAGAACUACGUCUUUCUCCUCACAAGUUAUGGGGGGUAACUUGGGAAUUGACCGUCACG